AUGACUGAGGUUAACGAUUGGAAACAAAACCUUAACCUUCCUCAAAAGGACACCCGACCACAAACUGAUGAUGUUUUAAACACCAAAGGUAAAUCAUUUGAAGAAUUCAAUUUGAAAAGAGAAUUACUCAUGGGUAUUUUUGAAGCUGGAUUUGAAAAACCGUCACCAAUUCAAGAAGAGUCUAUUCCUAUGGCUUUAGCUGGUAGAGAUAUCCUUGCUAGAGCUAAAAAUGGUACUGGUAAAACUGCUUCUUUUAUUAUCCCUUGUUUACAAUUGUGUAAACCCAAAUUAAACAAAAUACAAGCUUUGAUAUUAGUACCUACACGAGAAUUGGCCUUGCAAACGUCGCAAGUUGUGAGAACGUUGGGCAAACAUUUAGGAGUUCAGUGUAUGGUAACCACAGGUGGUACCUCAUUACGAGAUGAUAUUGUUAGAUUAAAUGAUCCUGUUCAUAUAUUAGUUGGUACCCCUGGUAGAGUUUUAGAUUUAGCAUCGAGGAAACUUGCCGAUUUAUCAGAAUGUCCACUUUUUGUCAUGGAUGAAGCUGAUAAGAUGUUGUCAAGAGAGUUUAAGAAUAUAAUAGAACAAAUAUUAGAAUUCUUCCCCCCACAUAGACAAGCAUUGUUGUUUUCUGCCACUUUCCCCAUCACAGUGAAGCAUUUUAUGGAUCAACAUUUGAAUAAACCAUAUGAAAUUAAUCUUAUGGAUGAAUUAACUUUGAAGGGUAUAUCACAAUUUUAUGCUUUUGUGGAGGAGAAGCAAAAAUUGCAUUGCUUAAACACCUUAUUUUCCAAACUACAAAUCAAUCAAUCAAUCAUCUUUUGCAAUUCAACUAAUCGAGUUGAAUUAUUGGCCAAAAAAAUUACUGAAUUAGGCUAUUCAUGUUAUUAUUCUCAUGCGAAAAUGCCACAACAAGCAAGAAAUAAAGUUUUUCAUGAAUUUAGACAAGGUAAAGUGCGUAACUUAGUUUGUUCAGAUUUGUUAACUAGAGGUAUUGAUAUACAAGCUGUUAAUGUCGUUAUUAAUUUUGAUUUCCCAAAAACUGCCGAAACUUAUUUGCAUAGAAUUGGUCGUUCAGGUAGAUUUGGACACUUGGGUUUAGCUAUAAAUUUAAUGAGUUGGAAUGAUAGAUAUUCCUUAUACAAGAUUGAACAAGAAUUGGGAACUGAAAUCAAACCGAUUCCAGCAACAAUUGAUAAAUCAUUAUAUGUUGCUGAAAAUGAGGAUGCUGUGCCUAAGCCAUUCAAGGGGGAAGAUUUAUCAAGAGUGAAGAACUCACACUAG